AUGGCUGGCGGAGCGUUCUUCGUAUCUGGCGCAGGUGGCGAUGAGGAGUACGAGGGCACAGGUGCAGGCGGCUCGUCCGGCGAAGGAGCGCAUGCUGUCCAGUGGGUCGGCAAGGCGGGUGUGAGGGGACCGAGGUGGGCGCGGAUGCCGCUCUUGACGGCUGGCAUGCUGGGGAUCCAGUGUGUAUGGUCAAUCGAGAUGGGCUAUGCAUCCCCAUACCUCCUCGACCUCGGACUCUCCAAAUCCCACAUGUCCCUCGUCUUCAUGGCAGGACCCUUAUCCGGCCUCAUCGUCCAGCCACUCAUUGGUGUCUUCACCGACCGCUGCCGCUCCCGCUGGGGCCGCCGACGGCCCUUCAUGAUCGCCGGUAUCCUCAUCUGCGCAGUCGCAAUGAUGCUUCUCGGCUGGGCGCGUGAGCUAUCGGCGCUUCUCCAUGGCGGCUCGGCCCUGUCGAUCGGCUUUGCGGUGCUCGCCAUCUACUUGAUCGACUUCUCGAUCAAUGCGGUCAUGUCGACAGAUAGGGCGUUGGUGGUGGAUACGCUGCCGCCGGCGCAGCAGGAGGAGGGAAGUGCGUGGGCGGGAAGGAUGUUUGGAAUGGGCAGUGUGAUUGGCUUCUUUGUAGGCGGUUUAGACCUCACACCGGUCCUUCCUUUCCUCGGCAGCACCCAGAUCCAGAUUCUGUCGUUUCUGACUAGCGCGACGUUGCUCUUCACACAUGUCUUCACAGCUUGGGCAGUGUCAGAGCGUGUUCUGCUACGGGACGACCGCGCACACUCUCAAUCAAACCUAUGGGCCAAUAUCCGCGCCAUCUGGGACAACAUCUUCGCCUUACCACCCGGUAUCCAAACUGUCUGCUUUAUCCAAUUUUUCAACUUCCUCGCCUGGUUCCCAACUCUCUUCUUCACCUCCGUCUGGGUAUCCGAGAUAUACAUCUCAUCAGUCCCAUCUGCGGGGAUCGACCCAAAGGCAUUCGCAGCGGAUGCUGUGCGCGCCGGGAAUCGAGCGCUCUUUCUGCAGGCGAUCGUUACUGUCGUCGUGUCCAUCGGCGCGCCGUUCCUUGUCUCCGAGUCAGGCGUACAAGUGGGUCUGCAGCAGAACGAGUAUCAGUCAUUAGGUGCGGAAGGCGAAAUGGCAGGUACUAGGAGAAGAGAAGCAGGCUCGGCGCGAGGUGCAAGUGGGGCGGGUGUGAUGGGAUACGUCAGAGACAUGGCGGGGUCGUUGGUGGACAGGGUCAAGAGUGGGAGGUUGUUGGAAGUACCCAUCAAGGGGUUGACGCUGGUCAAGCUCUGGAGCGCUGCGAUGUUCACCUUCUCCUUCGCUAUGGGCAUGACUUGGUUUGUUAGCUCGGUCGGACAAGCGUACAUCGUCAUUGCUAUCUGUGGCGCUUCAUGGAGUCUCACAAACUGGGCACCGUUCUCUCUGAUUGGCGAACUCAUCCUGAUCGAUGGGCAAAUAGAUCGGACGGGUGGCGGCAUGGCCCUCGCCCCUAUCGACCGCCCAUCCCUGGACGAGACCCACCGCUCACCUGUCCCACCCCUCCCACCUCCAUACUCCCGCACCGUCUCCAUCUCCGCCGCCGAGCACGCCGCGCCCAUCCUCUCCCGGCAUAAUAGCGCCCGGUCAUCUAUCGAGCACAAGCUCCAACGAUCCCCGCCUACCAACCGACCAGGCGGUAUGUCCCGCUCGUUAUCACGGCAGAACCCUCCGACCCCUUUGAGGGUACAUCAGUUGGAGCAAUCCGGAAAGCUGGACGACCUGGAAGAUGACGACGCGUCCAAUGAAAACUCGCUCGUCCUCCAUCAUUCAGACGACGAAGAAACGGACCUCCCGCCCCGAUCACCUCUUUCCCCUUCCUCCCCUCGCGCUGCUCAGGGCAAGUCUACGGCAGACAAGGCUGGCGUCAUCCUCGGAAUACACAAUGUCUUUGUCGUCCUACCGCAAUUCUUGGUGACAGGCUUAUCAUCUGUCAUCUUCUCUAUCAUGGAGCCGGACAAGGGGAUACCGGCCACACAUCCGAAUGCGGGUCCGCCUAUCGGCAAUGCGACGGCGGGUGUUGAUCUGGGAUUGGGGGCGGAUGUGACGAGGAUGGCAGUUAGGGCGCUGGCGAGACGAGCGGAAACGGCGGUGGAGGGUGCCUCGUCAGAUGCUGUGGGGCUGAUAUUCAGAAUAGGGGGAAUCAGCGCGGCCGUGGGAGGGGUGAUCUGCUGGCGCUUAUCUAGACGGUGGGCGAGAGGGGAAGGGAUCUGA